GUUUGUCUCUGCGCUGCACCAACAGCCAUUACGGUUACGUUUAUAAUGCCAACACGAAAGUGAACGAAUGGGACAACUUGUGAGAUGGCCGAGUUAAAAUCGGAGGGUGUAAAUCUGGCGGCAGUUUGCCAAAUAACAGCAACUGAAGACAAAAAAAAGACAUUCAGCUCAUGUAGGAGAGUCAUAGAAACAGCAUGCAAAAUGGGCGCAGAGAUGGUAUUUUUACCCGAGGCGUGUGAUUACAUCCAAAGAUCUCCAGCUGACAGUGUCAGAUAUGCAGAGGGCAUGGAUGGUCCAACGAUGUCAGCUUUCAAACAACUUGCAAAGGAACACAAAGUAUGGUUGUCCAUUGGAGGAUUUCAUGAGAAGAAUCCUGAAGACGACUCCAAAAUGCUGAAUACCCAUGUGAUUCUAGAUGAUAGAGGGGAUGUCGUCAGCAGGUAUUCAAAGACUCAUUUAUUCUCUGUGGAUAUCCAAGGGCAGUUCAAGCUGGAUGAGAGGGACUGCUGCACCCCAGGAAAGACCAUUGUACCUCCCGUCGACACUCCUCUUGGGAAAGUGGGAUUAGGCAUCUGCUAUGACCUACGGUUUCCAGAGUUUUCGAUGAUGCUGACCAGACAAGGGGCAGAGAUCUUGACGUUCCCUUCGGCUUUUACAAUACCAACGGGGAUGGCUCAUUGGGAGCCGUUGUUACGGAGUAGAGCUAUUGAGAACCAAUGUUACGUCAUCGCUGCCGCCCAGACUGGAAAACACAAUGACGGUAGAGCAAGCUAUGGUCAUGCAAUGAUUGUUGAUCCUUGGGGCGCUGUCGUUGCCCACUGUUCUGAGGGAGAAGGGGUAGCUGUUGCUCAAAUUGAUCAUGGUUAUCUUCAGAAGGUUAGAACAUCAAUGCCUGUUUGGGAUCACAGAAGAACUGACUUGUAUCCAACAUUUUAGCCUUACUACAGAUACGAUGAGAAGAAGUAAAUGCAGCUGAGAAAUAUUUUUUGCCAUGAAAAGGUGAUGUUGCGAGAACCAAUGUUUUGAAUCGAUUAUGAUUAUCUAAAAAAAAAACCUGUGCAGGAUCACAGGAGUAUAUGUUCUCCUUAUACGAUUAUUAUUUCAGCCUAAACAAAAAUUGGUGUUACAAUGAGCAUCUACAAUUUCAAGGUGUAGGAGAUGUUGCAAGUACCUAAAAUUUCAAGAUUUAUCUUAUUAUUUAUCUUAUGACAAAUUCAAAGAAAGGAUCCAGAUGACGUUGUUUGACCUGGUUUCUUGUAACCUUUCUUCUCGUACUGCUUUUCUUUCAUGCUUUCUGGUCCAGUCCAGUAUUUCAUUUUUGAAACUCCAUCACUGAUGCUAUCCCAGACACCUGGAUAGUAGAAUGAAGAAAAUACAGGAAAAAAUAGAAAAAUUAAGAUUAUGGAAAAAAUACAUAUAUAUUUGGCUUGAAAAGAGGUAAUAGAAGUGAGCAGUCAUAAAAGACUUAAAGAGACAAAGAGAACAUCAGCUAAGAAAAAUAGUAUCAAGCUGAGGAAAAAAGGUAGUAAUCCCAUAUACGGUAUUUAAAUCACAUGUGUUUGGAUAAGUUUUUGAAUGAGCUUAAUAACAUGAUUUUUGAAAAGAUAUUCUUGAACGGUUUGAUUUUUUUUCCAAAAAUGAAAAAUAAAUAUGUGACUCACCAUUCAACAGGGUUCUCGAUUCAAGCCCAGUAUAAAAGUUGACCCGUUCAUCACUGUCGAGAACGCAGUCAACAGUAUCUUCUGCUCUGCUCUUGAAUUUCCUUGUUGAUGCUUUCACAAGAGAAGCAAUAUCCUCACAUGUCAUAUCUGUUUGAGUUUGUACUUCCUGCACCAUCGGUUUCAUUUCCACUGAAGACAAAUAGUCAUGUUGAUCAGAAUGACACAAGUUUUCGGGAAGAGCAUCCAUAUCUGUGAAAAACAAAAAUAGAGAGAAAGAGAAUCGGAUUAUUAAACAGAUUAUCAUUGAAAAAUAACAAGUAACAUUUAGGAAAAAAAAUGUACCUACAAUGAGCUAAUUUAAAUAAAGCAGUUUAUCAGCACUAGAUCUGCCUACUAGUUCUGGGAACUUCUGGCACCGCAGACAGUACAAAGUCAAAGACAAAGUAAGGCUCAAGAUCGUUGGCAAAAAAUAGACAUUUUUAUCGCCAGGCAUGGGCUUGGAAUUUAAAAUUAUACUUACGUCCAACAUGGCCAUGAUGUCCAAGAAAAGACUUUGAAGGUUUGGCCUUCUUUGAUCUUGACUCCACCUCAACUGCACUUCCAACAGUACCGAUGACAUUGUCAUCUGUAGUUAGUGCAGGGUGAUGCAGGGUCCCAGAAAAGACCCGGCGAGAGCUGGCUGCUUUAACCGGGGAACUGGUGGGGUCGAUAUCAGAGUCGGUCUGUUGCCGCUUGAAAGCUGAAACUUCCCUGGCAUGCCUGGCGGUUUCCAUCUUGUCAAUCGCUGUGGUGGGACGUUCUUCUCCAAUGAGACCAAAAUUGUUCCAAAACAAGUAUCUAGGAUAGCCUCUAGCAUGACCAUCUGGAGUAAUCUGAUCUCUAUCAAAAUGUCUCGACAAAGUCGCGAUUUUUUUGUCAAAUCAACUUUGUCCUUGGGGCAAAUCAACCGCAGCCAUGUCGCUCGUGUGCUGACAUCGGUGGGAAAUUUCACCCAAGUCACGUCCUUCAUCCAUCCCCAUUUGUCAGGGUUCUUGCGCUUCGAAUCAUGAGCCCAGCACUGUGCGGCCUCACAAAAGAAGACCAUCGUAACUGAUAAUCAAUAGAUGUAAUAAUACUAGUAAAUAAUCAACGAAUUGUUCAAAUAAACAUUAAAAUCUUUGCGACGGCAGGAGAGUGUAGCGAGUUCGAGCAGACGAUAUAUGCAUAUGCAUGCCCAGCGCCAGGCGACGACGGCGCGUGGCUUCCGAACAGGAAGUUGUAAUAACGAAAAGCUAUCCCAUAAUGCAAUGCACGUUACAGGGAUUUUUCCCGGAUCUCGGCGAAAUCGCUAUUUGGGGUAGCGAGAAGUAUAAUAAUUUGAGGCUCUUUCCAUUUACUUAACUUUGCAUGCGAAAUCAACCAGGUAUAACUGUUCACAUUUGUUGGGCUCUACUCAUUUGCUGUAAGGCUUAGUAUUUCACUUACAGUUUGAAUAGCUGCAUGAUAUAUUACAACAUUCACACAGGCGCAAAAUAUGUAGAUGGACAUGGUUUUUUUGUAUUAAUGAGAUGAAUUUGUAUAGCACAGCCACUAUGGGAAAAGUGGGGAAUCCCGAACACCUUUUUAAUCAAGAGCUAUAACAAGAUACCUUGGGAGCCUUAUUCUAAGACCAGUACAUAAUUUGAAACAUUCUGAUGAAACCCUUCAUGCAUUGACGAUAACAACGUCUCUAUUCAGCAUUAAGCAUUCAAGGAAGUGAGCAAUAUAAAGGAUAGUGAUGAAAAUAAAUGAUCUUACCAGGUUAUUACGAUUCAUUCAGUGUACUUGUCCCAUGGAGCUGCCUUUAGACCUUUAUCCCGUGUUUCCAGGUGCAGUUUGGUGCCUAUAAGUAUAAGACGUAUUCUUGUAGAUUUUCCAUGAUUUGUGCGGAGAGAAUAUGCAAUUUUCUCAAGCUUGAAUCUCCUUGCUUUGAGUCGUGAUGGAACAUCUGAACUAAUGUUGGGUGAGUUUUCUUGUCGCGAUUCUUAAACUGAAAAGCUCGUAAAACUGCAUCACGGUCAAACAUUGACACAAAUCGUACAAUGAUUGGACCCGGUGUUUGUCAAUCCUGUCGGUCUUUGGGGUAGGGCUUGCUGGGAAGGUGGUGAUGGUCGUUUCACAAAAUGCGUGUCAUUCGUUUCUUCUGUAGAAAAUCCAAUUGAGGCUAUGGCGUCGCAGACAUCGCAGGCAGCAUUCUUAGGGUUCUUGGCGGCUUUAGGUGGUGAUUUUAUCCCAUAUGUAUUUUCUUCUUUCUUUACAAUGGUUUACAUUUUUCUUUUCAUUAUAAUUGUAUGUCUAUCUAUCAUCAAUAUGGUUUCUUUCAUAAUAUUUUCAGACCAUGCACAGGUCAUGUGCGACGCUAUUAACGUAUAGUAUUCCAAAUUAUAACAAAAUAUUUGAGGAAGUUUUUCUUUUUGUAAACACUGCAGUCAAAAUAUCCAUAGAUAUUGGUAUUCCCCUAAUUGUGCAGUUGACUCAUUCCAUAUUUCCUUAACCAAUUACUUUACUUUACAGCUCUCAUUUCAUCUCUUUAACCCUAAAAGAGCCGGGUUAUUUGGACCCCUCUCACAGCCAGGGGGGAUUCCGCCCGCCCCCCCCCCCCCCCCACAUAAUCAAUCUGUCAAUUGCUCCACACUGGAAACAUCCUUAUGGCACACAAUCUUGUAUUCUAAACCUUCAAGUGAUUCUACUAUUCCUUUUUUCUCUUCCAGUGUAUGUGGUCAUGCCAAAUACUAUGUAGUCAGUUUACUAGCAGUCUAUUUUUAAACAUGUUUUUUACAUCAUCAGGACUUAGGCAACUUGUCUGAGUGUGUUGUGUUUUGAAUGUCUUUCUUCAUAGGUCUCAGUCUCAUAAUGGUGUCAUCGUUGGCAGGAUUUAGAAAUCUGCCAUCUAUGUUUGGUGCAUCGAGUUUGCAGUGACUCCCAUCAUUGACAGUGUAGACUUGUUGACUGCUGCUCCAUCACAUACAACAGCUGAAAUCCGAAUGCCAUUGUUGUUUAAGAGAUGGAGGCAUUCUCUGAGGAGGGCACGUUGAAACGUGGAAGUUUUUUUUUUUUUUUAAUAUUCUAUUG